UCAUUCUGCAGGAUGCAGGACACUUUGCUCCAAUCUGUUUGCAUAGUGGGGACGGGGCCUAAUUUGCUUGCCUUGGCUAAUGAGCUUAGCCCGUGCUGAGCAGCUUUUCGCCCUGCAGGUUGUUUUAGCGGGCAGCGGGCAGCCUUUAGUGGUGAGGGAGAGGGGCCAGAGCGGAGGUGUGGAUCUCAGACGGGGCAGAGCUGCAGCUACAGCCUCACUGCUCCCCUCUGCUUACCAGGACCACCAGAACUUCUCCCACUGCUGCUGCUGGGACGUGGAUCACCUCGCUCUGCCUCUCCCCUCCCUCUCCGUCCUCACCCUCUUGCUAGCACUACCUGACUCCCCUCCCUUCCUCUCUUCUCUCUCUCUCUCUCUGUGUCUCUCUCCUUCUCUCUUCCUCUCUCUCCGUCCCAGGCCACUGACGAACUGCUUUUGUAGCUGCAUCACCUCCCAGGCAGCUGCCUGUCUGUUGUUCUGCCCCUCUUUCUGUCUGUUUCCCUCUUUUAUUUCCACUCUUUUUUUUUUCUCUGUCCAUUGUCUUUACCUUAUUGCCAAAAUGUACCGGAACCCGUGGAUCUCGAAUUACCUGAGUCACGUCAAGUUUUGCGGGCAAGGAUUUGGAAGUGAGACCCCUAUAAAACUUGGCAACCCCAGACUGCUACAGAAGAGGGCUCUGAGCUUCCAGAAAGAGUUCUCAUUUGACGAAAAAGACGACUUAGCCAAAAGCACCAAGGAUAUAGAUGUCAGUCUCUUGGCCAGUCUCCCCAAAGUCUCUGAAUUGAGGAAACGAUUUGAAGGCAUUACGACAAGUGCAAGUGAUUGGGAGAUGAACAGGAAAGAGCGCAUCGCCCGAAGGUUGGAGGGAAUAGAGGGUGAGGUACAUCCGUCUCUGUUGCCCAGCCUGGUGGCCAACCGGCUUCUGGAGGAGGACACCCCGCGUUACACAAGGGCAUCUGACCCCUGUGAGCCCUGUGGUGUUACAGUCCAGCGAUAUGGCAUGGAGGGCUCGGAAAGCCCAGACCCGCAGCUGAUCGCUCCAGAGCGGCAAUCAAGAUCUCGAAGCCGAGUGGAGCCUCAGUCCUCCCUCCAUACCGAGCCUGUGUACAGCAUGGGCUCCACCACCGCCACCCCAGAUCUGGACUCCAAGGCUGAGCGUAUCGCCCGCUACAAGGCGGAACGACGACGGCAGCUAGCUGAACGCUACGGUAUCUCUUUGGAUCAGGAGCCAGAUGUGGACUAUUCCUCGCGCUACACUCGUAGCCGAAAGGAUUCGGAUGCCUCAGAGAGGCGAGGCAGGGGGGAGUCCGUGGGGGAGGAUGGAAGAGACAUCACCCUCAGUUCCUACACCAACACCUCCACCACUAGCCCCAGGGCUGGUCGCACAGCAUACCACCCAGACCUUGGCUAUGAGCCGGGUCGAUCCAGGGCAGACUCGUUCACAGAGCGGGAGAGGCUGAUGAACCUGGAGAAUCAGCGCAGGGCUCAGCAGGAGAAUGCUGGUCCUCCAGAGCCACCGUCAUCUUCCUCUUACAUGGACAUGAUGUCAUUGUCUUCCUCUGCCAGGGUGCCAACCAAGGACUAUUCGGUCUCAGGGGUGCCACCUAGCUCACCCAAACUGAGCAGGCACCCAUCGCUCACCUCACCUAAACACGGAGCAUCUCCAGGGGACCUGUUCAUUGAGCAGCAGGCCCACAACAUCCUGAGCAGACAGGGAAUCAGAGUUAGGGAGAGGCUUGCCAGGGAGGAGGGCCGCCAGAGGAGCCCAGAGCUGGGAAAUGUUACAGAAGCCCCGAUGUACCGCAGACACCUCCAACCCCACUCGCAAUCUUCUACACGCUACCAAAUGGACCCACCGGGCCCUCAGCAAACCUACUCAAACCCCCAGGCGCAGUUCACCCAAUGUGGGCCACCUGAAGGGCAGGAGGGUGGCAGUUACCCCAGUUAUUUGUCCAUGGCCUCUGUUCCCAGUCCCAGGGCCCAGCAUCAACAGCAGUCCCAGGAGGAAGAGGAGGAGGAGGAAGCUCAGGACGUGAAGACGGAGGGCCUCCUGAAGAGUCGGAAAGCAGUACUACCCUCGGAGAUUCGCCGCAGGGAGAGGAGCACCGAAGACCCACGGAGGGGCAGGGGGGAAGAGGAGCAGGGUACAGUCAGGGCCCAAAGCCUCGGCCAAGCGAGAGAGCUCGAGGCAGAAGACCCCACAAGAGGAGGCUAUUUAGGCAAAGGCAGGCACAGAUGGGAAGAUGCAGUUGAAUUACCCAGACACACGGAGCACGUCUCCCGCCUGCAGGCAGCUGAAAGCAGAGCCAGAGAGCGGGAAAAUGCUAUCUACAUCCACAGGGGCCCGGCUGCCACCCACAUCCAGCCCAAAGUGGUCCAUCCAACAAUGCCAGAAAGUUCCUCCUCCACUGUAGCCCAGAGUCGAUCUGUGUCAGACUCCGGGGCUCCACGAGGGCCCAGUCAAAGGAACCUGGUGGAAGGUGUCCCAAUGUGCAAAGAGGGGUUCAAUAAUGGAGAGAAUCACCAGGACACCCAAAUUUCUGUGGCCCAGCUCAGAAAUUCCUACCUGGAGAGCACCAGCACCACCCCACCAACCAUCCGCAGGCCUGAGCUUGAGGUUGAGGUGGACGGGGUGCUCGUGGGCUACAAGGCUCCUUGGAGAGGGGAGAGGGACAGGGGCCGGAGGCCCAGGCAGUAUAUCUGUCCUGGGGACAAUAGAAAGACCUCAGAGAGGUUUAGGACGCAGCCUAUCACCUCUGCUGAGCGCCAGGAGACUGAUAGGUCCUGUGUCAGUUCAGAAAUUGCCAGCACUGAAGCUGAUGAGGAGAAGCUGGAUGAACGGGCCAAGCUGAGUGUAGCAGCCAAGCGCUCUCUCUUCAGGGAAUUGGAAAAGAGCAUCGAUGGUGGAGCCCCGAAACUGCGCUCGAGGAACGCAGCGGUGGAGAGGAGGCUAAGACGGACCCAGGACCGGUCCAAAACCCAGCCUGUCACCACAGAGGAGGUGGUCAUCGCCGCCACUGUCCCCACUCCCGUGCAGCAAACAGUGACUGUUCACACUGCAGUAGCACGCACCCCUAGUCCCACCCUAGUUUGCAGCCCCCUCCUACGACACAGCCUGCAGGCGUCCUCGCAGCAGAGCGCCACAGCCCAGGAGCCAGUGCGGGAGGCCCAGCAGGUCCAGGAUAUCCAGGAGAGCCAGCGCUCCAAGCAGGUCUCCCGAACGGAGGACAAGAGCCAGAACCAGAGCCAGACUCCAGAAGAGCCUGAUCUCUGCACCCUCAGCCUGGCAGAGAAGAUGGCGCUGUUCAACCGGCUGGCUCAGCCUCCCACCAGGGUGACCCGCACCAGGGGGGACGCACGGCAGCGCAGGGCCAACGCCCGCUACCAGACCCAGCCCAUCACACUGGGUGACAUGGAGCAGCUGCAGAACGGCGCAGGCUCCAGGUUCGGCCACCUCUCUUCCUCGUCCUCCUCCUCUGCUCUGAGACCAGGAGGCACAGUCUCCACUGACCACGCCGGAGACAUCCAUCUGACUCGAGUCGGAGCCCCCGCCGAGCCCCGCGACCCCCCUCGCCACCCCAGCCCUUUGACCCAGCCGACAGAGGGGCCAGUCUGGAGGUCCCUGGCAUCCUCCGACCACCAGGCUCACAUCAUCCAGGGAGAGGAAGCUGAUCUGGGAGGAGGGAAGAGGAAGCUGCCCUCUCCUGAGGGAGCAGCCAGACAGGGCGGCCUGCCCCAGCCCCGGGCUGGAAGAGAGAGAAGAGAGGAGGAGGAGGAGGAGCAGUGGUUGGCCAGGGGGAGGGGAGACGGAGCUGUGUGGAGCUCAGACAGCCAGACGCUCCAGAAGAGACAGGAGCAGAGAGCCUAUCUGAGGGAGGAACUACACUACCCAGGCAGCCACAGGAGCAAGGCCACCAGCGGAGAGCUGCCGGAGUCCGGGGUGGUAACAUCUAGAGCCGCGUCCGGUUCUCCCAGGAGUGUGUGUCAACCUCAAGCAGCGGACACAUUCGCAGACGGCGGCGGAUACACACUCAGCCUGGUUCAACCUGUGCAAGGAGACGAGCUGACAGACGCAAUGACGGCCAGACAGAUGUCCAUCAAAGAGAGACUGGCGAUGCUGAAGAAGAGCGGCGAGGAGGACUGGAGGAACAGGAUCAACAAGAAGCAGGAUGUGGUGAAGGUGGCGGUGGGCGAAUGCCACGCUCAGCUCUGGGAGGUGGAGCAGAGUUUCAAGAAGAAGGAUGAUGAAGCACCGAUGAUGAUCGAUGAGUACGCUGUGUCCGAUCAGCUCUGGAGGAUCGCUGAAGGUGAGAUGGAGAGUGAGCGGAUCGAGGCUCAUAUGUCCAUCCAGGAGAGGAAGCAGCUGAUAGUGGCCAGAGAGGAGGCCUCGAAGAGCAAGGGCAAGGGAGCCGCCAACGACUCCACCCAGUUCACCGUGGCCGCCCGCAUGGUGAAGAAAGGGCUGGCAUCACCCUCUGCCCUCCUGUCUCCAGUGCCAUCCAAGCCCAAGACAGGCACCCCCGCCAUCUCCAAACCACAGGAAGAAAUCAAGGCCAUCCCAGAUCUGAACCUGGAGUCAGACAGGAAGCUGGAUAAACUAGAGUCCUUCCUCGGCAAAAUCAACAGUAAAGUGUCCGGGCUGCCCGAGGCUACCAUCACAGUGACUGAGAAGAAAGUUAAGGAAGUGAUGAGCCUCGAAGACGAGACCUUCUCCAAGUUCUACCGCCAUGUGGAGGACCUCCCCUCCGUCUCCAGCCAGGUGGAGAUAGACGAUGACUUUGAUGCCAUCUUCGGCCCCCAGAUGCCAAAGCUGACCUCUGAGAUGGUGCAACACAAGCGAGCGGUGCGGCCGGCACGUAACGUCCAGUCAUCCAGAAACCCUCUGAGGAUGCUGGCUGCCAGGGAGGACAUCAGACACGAGUACACAGAGCAGAGACUCAACAUCGGCCUGCUGGAGAGCAAGAGGAUGAAGGCUGAGAAGAUGAACAAGAACUCAGGUUUCUCUGAAGUGGCCCUGGCCGGUCUGGCCAGCAAGGAGAACUUCAGCAGUGUCAGCCUGCGCAGCGUCAACAUCUCCGAGCAGACGUCCAACAACAGCGCCGUGCCAUACAAGAAACUCAUGCUUCUGCAGGUCAAAGGCCGACGGCACGUCCAGACCAGACUGGUGGAGCCCAGAGCGUCCUCCCUGAACAGCGGCGAUUGUUUCCUGCUCAUCACGCCACACCACUGCUUCAUCUGGACCGGGGAGUUCUCCAACGUCAUUGAGAAGAACAAGGCUAAGGAGCUUGCCAACUUCAUCCAGACCAAGAGGGACUUGGGCUGCCGUGCCAAUUAUGUCCACGUCAUCGAGGAGGGCAUCAACAUACACAGCCAAGCUGCCAAGGAGUUCUGGACAAUUCUGGGUGGACAGACCACUUAUCAGUCGGCGGGGACGCCAGAUGAAGAUGAGCUGUAUGAAGGUGCCAUAGUGGAGACCAACUGUAUUUACCGCCUGAUGGAUGACAAACUGGUCCCCGAUGAUGAUUUUUGGGCCAAGGUUCCCCGCUGUUGCCUGCUCAAUCCCAAAGAGGUUUUGGUCUUUGACUUUGGCAGCGAGAUGUACAUAUGGCAUGGGAAGGAAGUGACUUUGGCGCAGAGGAAGGUGGCCUUCCAGCUGGCCAAGCACCUGUGGAACGGCACCUUCGACUACACAAACUGUGACAUCAAUCCUCUGGACCCUGGAGAGUGCAACGCCCUCAUACCCAAGAAAGGCCAGGGCCGUCCCGACUGGGCAGUGUUUGGCAGACUGACCCAACACAACGAGACAACCUUGUUCAAGGAGAAGUUCCUGGACUGGACCGACUCCAGGAAAUCACCCAGUCCCACCAAGAACGGCAAUGACAACAUCACUGAUCAAAAAGAGCCGUCCAUGUCAGACCAACCCCGUGCGUACAACGCCUCCCUAAUGCUGCCCCUCCACCAGGCGCCCGUCCACACCAAGCUGGACGGGCUCAGCGUGGGGCGGGGCUACGGCCUGGUGGAGGGCGAGGAGAGGCGGAACUACGAGAUCAGCACGCUGGCGGUGGAGGUGUGGCACAUCCUGGAGUUUGACUACAGCCGCCUGCCUCGCCAGAGCAUCGGCCAGUUCCACGAGGGCGACACCUACGUGGUGAAGUGGAAGUACAUGGUCAGCACCGCAGUCGGGAAGAGACAGAACCCGGAGCAGCUCAGGACGGCGGGAGCCGGGAAGGAGAAGUGCUGCUACUUCUUCUGGCAGGGCCGCAACUCCACCAUCAGCGAGAAAGGAACGUCAGCACUGAUGACAGUGGAGCUGGACGAGGAGAGGGGAGCGCAGGUUCAGGUGCAGCAGGGCAAGGAGCCUCCGUGUUUCCUGCAGUGUUUCAAAGGAGGGAUGAUCAUCCACUCAGGGAAGAGAGAGGAGGAGGAGGAAAACUCGCAAAAUGACUGGCGUCUCUACUGUGUGCGGGGGGAGGUGGCGGUGGAGGGCCACCUGCUGGAGGCUGCGUGUCACUGCAGCAGCCUGCGCUCCAGAGUCUCUAUGGUGCUGCUGAGCGUGAGCCAGGCGCUCAUCUACCUGUGGCACGGCUGCAAGUCCCAGGCCCACACGCGGGAGGUGGCGCGCAACGCCGCCAACAAGAUCAAAGAACACUGUCCUCUGGAGGCGGGACUCCACAGCAGCAGCAAGGUGACCAUCCGUGAGUGUGAUGAGGGAGCCGAGCCCACGGGCUUCUGGGAAGCCCUCGGGAGGAGGGACAGGAAAGCGUACGACUGCAUGCUGCAAGACCCCGGGAAGUUUAACUUCACGCCUCGCCUCUACCAGCUGAGCAGCAGCUCAGGGGAGUUUGCAGCCGUGGAGUUUCUCUACCCGGCCAGAGACCCUGAGCAGGUCAACUCUCUGCCCUUCCUACAGGAGGACCUGUACUCAGCCUCCCAGCCAGCCCUGUUCCUGGUGGACAACCACCACGAGGUGUACCUGUGGCAGGGCUGGUGGCCUCAGGACAGCGAGAGCACCGGCUCGGCUCGGAUCCGCUGGGACUCGGACAGGAAGUGCGCCAUGGAGACGGUGCUGCAGUACUGCAGAGAGAAGAAUGAGAAGAAGCCUCCCAAGUCGUAUCUGAUCCACGCCGGUCUGGAGCCGCUCACCUUCACCAACAUGUUCCCCAGCUGGGAGCACAGAGAGGACAUCGCUGAGAUCACCGAGAGGGAGGCAGAGGUUUGUAACCAGAUUAUUCUGGUGGAGGAUGUGUUGGCCAGGCUGUGUAAGACCACGUACCCCCUGGAGGAUCUGCUGGCACGGCCGCUGCCAGAGGGAGUGGACCCUCUCCGUCUGGAAGUCUACCUGUCUGACGACGACUUUAAGAAAACGCUGGAGAUGACCAGAGUGGAGUACGAGAGCCUGCCUGGCUGGAAGCAGGUGAACCUGAAGAAAGCCAAAGGACUUUUCUAGAAGGUCGGGGCGGAGAGCUGAGCUGAGGAGCAGCAGAGAGCAGUGUCAGGGAGGGACUCAACCAGCCACCAGGAACUUUUUGGUUGUUGAUGGCUUCCUGUUUGUUGUUGGAUCGGCCUAUCCUGAGCAAAAGUCAAGAUGGAGGGCUUGAACGGACAUGAAGAGCUGGAGAGUCAAAAAAAAAAAAAAAGGUGGCUAAAUAAAAGGCACACCGGCCUUUUGUGACGCCAGUCUCUUCACCCUCCUGUGUGUGUUGUGUUUUUUGGUCGUGUAAGUAGGUGAGGGUGUAAGCGGCCGCUGAUCUGUGUGGAGGCGUGGAUGUUCAUGUGGCUUUUUGAACCUACACUCUGUAGUUAAUGUUUGUAUAUAUGUAAAUGCAGGCCAGCUGUUGCCCUUACAUUGUCAGCCAUGCAGCCAUUUACUGGAGUGGGAGCAGCCCUGUCAAACUGUUCGGCACACUCCCCGAAAUCAGACUCUGCUAUUCUUGUAUGUAUGUUUGUGCAUUACAAAUAAUUUAUAUUUAUAUCAAAUCCAUAUAGGAAUUAAAAAAAAAACAGCUUUGCGAGUAUUCAGUGAGCUAAGAAUGAUGAAAUAAAUUGUAUAAUUAAUGUGGAGGAGGUUUGUGUC